UCCUCGCCGGCGGCAGGGCGGAGCCGAAACGCACUGGGGCCCUCAGUGUCGCGCUGAAGCGCCAGGUUUCCGGCACGAGCGGGAACGACAGUCCCAGAGCUCCUCGCGACAGGCGCGGAAGCCGGCGGCGGCCGUCCGGGACUCCGGUCCUGGCCGGUGCGCAGACCCCGGGGCGUGUCACGCCCGCGCGAGGGAAGGGCCGGCUCUCUGGCCGCCGGCCGCCUCGGCCAAAGCGCGCUCCAGCGCGGGCGUUUCUUAGUUUUGCGCCGGGGACGGGCGCCUCGUGUCGGGAGACAGUAGCCAUGGGAAGAGUUGGAGGCGUGUCUCCCACCGGGCUGUGGGUGCACCGGGCGCGGGGCCCCACCUGUGACCCGGCAGCUUCGUUUGUGCCUUACUCCGUGUGGGGCCUCGGCGUGUGCAACUGUCACUUAGUCGUCUCGGGGACCUUUUGUAGAGCUGGGACGGUGCCGCAGCGUGAAGGAGUUUGAGAAGCUGAACCGCAUUGGGGAAGGCACCUACGGCAUUGUGUAUAGGGCCCGGGAUACCCAAACGGAUGAGAUUGUCGCCCUGAAGAAAGUGCGGAUGGACAAGGAGAAGGACGGGGUCCCCAUCAGCAGCCUUCGAGAGAUCACGCUGCUCCUUCGCCUCCGCCAUCCGAACAUCGUGGAGCUGAAGGAGGUGGUGGUGGGGAACCAUCUGGAGAGCAUCUUCCUGGUGAUGGGUUACUGUGAGCAGGACCUGGCCAGCCUUCUGGAGAACAUGCCGACACCCUUCUCUGAGGCCCAGGUCAAGUGCAUCGUGCUGCAGGUGCUCCGGGGCCUCCAGUACCUGCACCGGAACUUCAUCAUCCACAGGGAUCUGAAGGUCUCCAACUUGCUCAUGACGGAUAAGGGCUGCGUGAAGACAGCGGAUUUCGGCCUGGCCCGGGCCUAUGGCAUCCCGGUGAAGCCAAUGACCCCCAAGGUGGUCACCCUCUGGUACCGAGCCCCUGAACUGCUGCUGGGGACCACCACGCAGACCACCAGCAUCGACAUGUGGGCCGUGGGCUGCAUCCUGGCCGAGCUGCUGGCCCAUAAGCCCCUUCUCCCCGGCACUUCCGAGAUCCACCAGGUGGACCUGAUCGUACAGCUGCUGGGGACGCCCAGUGAGAACAUCUGGCCGGGCUUCUCCCAGCUGCCACUGGUCAGCCAGUACAGUCUGAGGAAGCAGCCCUACAACAACCUGAAGCACAAGUUCCCGUGGCUCUCGGAGGCCGGCCUGCGCCUGCUGAACCUUCUCUUCAUGUACGAUCCCAAGAAAAGGGCGACGGCCGGCGACUGCCUGGAGAGCUCCUACUUCAAGGAGAAGCCCCUGCCCUGCGAGCCGGAGCUCAUGCCCACCUUCCCCCACCACCGCAACAAGCAUGCUGCCCCGGCCACGUCCUCAGGCGCUGAGAGCCAGAGCCGGCGCUGCAAGCCCUGAGGGCGGGGGCCCCUGGGGCCCGGCCUGUCGCUCGGCCAGGACCAACCAGCUGCUCCAGCUGACUGCACCGCUUCCUGCACCUCCUCUGCCCACCGCUGCCCCAGAACGGCAGGGUGGGGACACGGGGGGAUGCCAGUGGGUGCGCCCUGCAGGCCCAGACACCCUGAGGCUGGCCUGCCGGGCGCCACCUGGUGGCUCUGUCGUCUCGUGGCUCUGCCAUCUGGUGGCUGGGCUGGGUCCACCUGUUGCCAAGCCCUCAGACACUCACUUCCCAGGAGGAAACUUGGCUGGGCCCAUCUCAGGAGGUCUCUCUGGCUUGGGACGAGCCGAUCCCACAUGGUCACUUUUGUCCCCACUUGAUCCCCAGGGUCUGCCUGGGAAGGGAGAGGCUACGGUGACCCCCCGCUGAGGCUGCAGGACUCAGUGGGAAGGAGGGGUGGGGGGUGGGGUGCAGCCAGCUUGGUGGACUGGAGUCUGGGCGGCUCUGAGCCCACCAGAGGGACGGCCUUGGGUUGGGGGCUGUGCCCUGUCCCCACUCCCCACUGAGCCCCCUGGGGAGGGGCAUGGUUCGGCCUCGGAGAGAUAAACGCUUUCCUCACA